GGAAAAAAACUGUGAGAUCUCAAAAAACGGCUCUGUUUGACCCUGAGCAGCUCUGCCACCGACUUCCGGUCCGUUCUGUGACCUCAGUCAUGGGUUCUUUGGACCAGUCCGUCCCAUCGGUCAGACUCCGGUCUGUUUGAGCAGUCAAGUCAACUGCAAACACGCAACUCUGCGUGCAGACAGCCCACUUUUCCCUGCUUCUCUGCAGGAAUUGAAUGCAUCCAGCUAUUUUUUUUUUUGUUUUUUUUUCUCGCCAUCGCUCCUUCUCAUUGCGCGUAGUGUAGUCCAUGCCGCUCUGACAGCUUCCACGCGCGCGGACCGACCGGAGCGUUUCCGUGCUGCUGGCAGAUGAUGAGCGGGAGUCCCGGUCCGCGGAGACCUGCAGCGUCCAUCAGGCACCUGUGCUGCAAGAAGAGCGGCGUUUCCCUCUCGGCUGGACUCACUCGGUGCGCUGGAGCGGGUCAGUCCAGAAUGAUGAGAAGAUCUGGCUUCAGCGCGUCCACGCUAGUCUGAGGGAGACCACUGCGUGGAUCUCAGUCCGAGGGUCUCCGUGGAGAGCAUACGCGCCCUCACCAUCCCGAUGGAGCGGCACCGUGAACCGGUGGGAGGCUCAACCGAUCCCGAUGCCGCGCAGGAGCUCGGUUCGCCCGUGUCCUCCUCUUGUGAGCACUUGAGCAGUUAUCAGGAGGAGCAGUCCACAAUGAUGAGGAGGAGUGACAACUACCUCCCUGUCCCUGGGGAAGAGAAGAACCAUGAUGGGAACCAGGACUGUGCAAAACCCAGGAACAAUGAGUCAAUACCUAUGAAGAAAAUCCACGCAGACGAGGGCUCGCCGCUGCAUCCAAAACUAGGUCCAUACUUCCGAGAUGGACACCGCCGCGUGGACUACAUAUUGGAAUACAGCAUCCAAAAGCCCAACAGCGCUCGGCGCCACUCGACCAUAUUUGGGAACGACAACUUCUUAAGACGAUUACGGCGAAGCUUGAGCACGCGAAACAGUAAGGCCCCACUGCAGCCAAAAGAGGACCCGGAGUUCGCUGCACAGGAGCAUCGAGCUGACUACCAUGAGGAUGACAAGUCCAACAAGCGCAAGGAGUUUGAAGAAAACCUCCAGGAAGCUGGACUGGAGCUGGAAUGGGAUGAAGAGAACCACGUCCCCGGAGUUGGCUUUUUGAAAAUUCACGCUCCUUGGGACAUUUUGUGUCGUGAAGCUGAACUCAUGAAACUCAAGAUGCCGACCAAGAAGACUUAUGAGAUCAAACAGGGCAGUAACCUGGUGGAGAAGAUCCGACUGUUCAUUCACAAAGCAACGGCUCCUCUUCACCCGAAGGUGGAAAGCAACCAGCAACCAGGCCUCAAACAUCUGUCACAUCCCUUUUCCAGGGAGAAGGAGCAUCUAUUUGAUCUGUCAAAUAAGGACAAGUUCUUUGACAGUAAAACCAGAAGCUCCAUAGUGCAUGAGGUGUUGAAGAGGACCAAAUGUGAAAGAGACCACUAUUCAAUGGGAAUCACCAGCCUGCUGGCCAACAGCAUCUACAUGGCGGCUUAUCCCCCUCAUGACGGAGACAUCAAUGGGAUGGACCGUAACGACAGAAGGCUGCUGUAUGAGGAAUGGGCCAGCUACAGUGUGUUCUACAAGUAUCAGCCUGUUGGACUCAUCAGGAAGUAUUUUGGAGAGAAGGUUGGUCUGUAUUUUGCCUGGUUAGGGGUGUACACACAGAUGCUCAUCCCGGCCUCCAUUGUUGGAGUUAUUGUGUUCCUCUACGGCUGUGCCACCGUCGACAGCAACAUACCCAGUAUGGAGAUCUGUGAUCCCAGAAACGACAUCAUCAUGUGUCCACUGUGUGACCGAGCUUGCAGCUACUGGAAGCUGGUGACGGCGUGUGGCACAGCUCGAGCCAGCCACCUGUUCGACAACGAAGCCACAGUCUUCUUCUCCAUCUUCAUGGCUCUCUGGGCUGUUCUUUUUAUGGAGCAUUGGAAGAGACGACAAAUGAGGCUGAACUACACCUGGGAUCUGACUGGUUUUGGUGAGGAAGAAGAGGAGGACCAUAAGGAUCACAACCGAGCAGAGUAUGAAAUCAGGGUUAUGGAGAAGACCAUGAGACAAGAUCAAUCAGCUCCAAAGGAGGAGAAGGUGAAGCUGACGUGCAUCGACAGAAUGCCGGCUUACAUGACGGUUGUGGCCAUGAUGGCCUUUAUGAUCACCUUGUCUUUCACCAUGGCCUUUGGUGUCAUCCUGUACCGGAUCAGCAUUAAAGCUGCCCUGCAUAUGGCCAGCGCUGCAGGGCAGUCCAACAUCCGAGCCACUGUCAAAGGCACUGCAGCUGUCAUCAACGUCGUCAUCAUCAUCAUCCUGGAUGAGAUUUAUGCCAAGGUCGCCCGCUGGCUGACCAUUCUGGAGGUUCCAAAGACCGACAAGAGUUUUGACAAUCGUCUCAUCUUCAAAACCUUCAUCCUGAAGUUUGUCAAUGCCUUCACCCCCAUUGUCUACUUGGCUUUUUUUAGGGGCAGACUCGUUGGGAGACCUGGAAAAUACUUGUAUGUUGUUGGAUCCUAUAGAAUGGAAGAGUGUGCUCAUGCAGGCUGCCUCAUGGAGCUGUGUAUCCAGUUGUGUAUCACUAUGCUUGGCAAGCAGUUCAUUCAGAACAACCUUUUUGAGAUUGGCAUACCGAAGCUGAAGAAAAUGCUUCAGAAGAGGAAGAUGGAUCCCCAGGAAGAGGAGAAGCAAAAUAAGAUCCUGCCACGGCACCAGAAAGACCACUUACUGCUUCCUUUUGCUGGCCUCAACCCCGAGUACAUGGAAAUGAUUAUCCAGUUUGGAAUGGUGACCCUCUUCGUGGCCUCCUUCCCUCUGGCUCCACUCUUUGCUCUCCUCAAUAAUAUCAUUGAAAUUCGCUUGGAUGCCAAGAAGUUUGUUAAGGAAUUGCGCAGACCAGUGGCCGCUAAAGCCAAAAACAUCGGUAUCUGGUACAACCUCCUGAGAGGCCUCAGUAAGGUGGCAGUCAUAGUAAAUGCUUUUGUCAUCGCCUUCACCUCUGACUUCAUCCCCCGCCUGGUCUACCAGUAUACGUACAGUCCUGACGGCACCCUGCACGGCUUUGUGAACCACACUCUGUCCGUUUUCAACGUCCGUGACUUUGAGCCAAACACUCAACCCAUAUACCCCAAUCACUUGGGCUACAAUGUAGAGACCUGCAGAUAUAAGGACUACAGGGAACCACCGUGGUCCAGCACCCCCUACGAGCUAUCCAAGGAGUUCUGGUCCAUUCUAGCAGUCCGCCUGGCCUUCGUCAUCGUCUUUCAGAACGUGGUGAUGCUCAUGAGUGACUUUGUGGACUGGCUGAUCCCGGACAUUCCCAAAGACAUCACCCUGCAGAUCCACAAGGAGAAAAUCCACAUGAUGGAGCUUUUCAUGAAGGAGGAACAGGGUAAAAGGCGUGCAGCCCGCGACAGCCGCGGCCUGUAUAAUUGCAACAGUCCGACCUCAGAUGGUCAGAGCCCACCACAGCCGCGCUCACGCCCCAACACGCAUGCAAGAGUUGGCUGGUAAAUGUUCACGCUCACAGUCUGCCACCAUCAACAGAACAUUUACAUUUACUCUCUUUUCGAACAAAAAAGCAUUAUGCCCAACCUGAUCAAAUGGGAUCAGAUCAGGUACAUACUUUGAAGCUGCUUUCCUCCUAACUUCAACGCAAAAUUGGACGCAAACUUCCCCCUAAAGCUCAACAUUUCUUUUAUCUGUAUUGAAAAAGUUGAAGUUUGUUGACUGAGGUCGUGCCAGACUCCACGUGGGCCCCAACGAUGGACCGCUGCACCGGCCGCCUUCUGCCAUAACGGCGUCUGAAGCAGACUCUGUAAGGACCAUCUCCAUGAUUCCGUCCAAAAGAUCCUCCUGAUGCUUUUUAUUUGAACACUGGGGCAAGUGUGAUGAGGAAAGCUCACAAAGGCUUCUUUAUAUGUUUAUAUGUGAUUUAGCAGUGUUUAGCCCAUGCUCUUUGUCUUUGUGACAGACGUACCGUAAUGAACUGCAGUUGGAAGACGUGUCUGCUGGACCGUGUGGGUCUUUGGGUUUGGUUUGGGUUGGAUCUGAUCUUCAUCAAAGCUGAACUCCUGAAGCUGUAACAGGCUGUAGGGGAUGCAGAGACACUCCUGUCUCUGUGUUCUCGUGUUCAACUCUAGCAUUCGGUGGAUGUCACACAUUGAAAGAAAGGCGCCUCAUGUCUAGUUUUUCUAUGUGGGUACAGAGAAACACUUCAGCAUUGGUUUAUAAAUGUGUUGUGAAUAUCUUACAAAACAGUUAAGGAGCCAUAUUUUCCUUGUGUUAACAUCUGCAGUAGAUGUUUCUCAUAGUUCUGUCAUUAAUAUAUAAUCAAGAGACGGAGACGAAAAAAAGUUUUGCACUUCAACACUUUAAUGUUCAAUUUCAUCCAAGCACAACUUUUAGAUCAUAAAUGCUUUAAUGCUGAAUAAGAAUAGAAUUAGAGUAAAAUCUUGAUUUUUUUUUUUUUUUUUUUUUUUUUUUUUUAAAUGUGAUUACUCUACAGUCAGAAAUGAAGUAAAUUUACCUCAGAUGUGGAUGAUUGUUGGUUCUAAAACUGCAAUUAGGAAAACCAAAAAGUUCCUUUGUGCCCAUAUGAAGAAAAAAAUAUGAACUCCAUCCUCGCUUCUGAUUCACGUUUGAGACUUUGACUUUAGUUUUUAAAAGCAAUCAUUUUAUACAACCAUAUUUUCCAACCAUGUUUGUUUUGGUUGUAAUUGUAUGUUUGGUUGUGUAGAAGCAGAUCUUCGUGAUUCUUUUUUUUUUUGUAAAAACCACAGCUGGGUCACAUGACACUUGAUAGAGUGACAGCCUCCGGUAAACGCCAGUCAGUUUAGGGUUUGUGUCUUAACUGCUGGCAGCUCAGUGGCAGCUGGAAACCACGGCAACACUCUUCGUACCUUCAGACAACGGAUCAAGCCGUGACGUGAUCUUUUCCCGGAUCAUAGAAACAUCCUUUAAGCAGAUUUGCUCAAAUGAUGAACUCUGGCGAAGAAGAUCCGUUUCUGCAUCAUUUUCCUUCAUGUUCUUUUUAUCGUCUUUGACUGAACAAUGUUUUUUUUCUCUUUAAUUUUAUUCAUCAACCUACAAAACUGUACUACUGUAUAUGUGAGUGACUGGAUUCCCACUUCUACUGCUGACUGAAAAACAACCCAAAGGUCAGAUGAACCCAGAAUUGAAGACCUCAAACUGACCAAAUUGUAUUUUUUUUUUAUUGUUAUCAUUAUUGUUGUUUUUUCGUGUUUUUAAAUUUUUGAGUUUUUAUUUUCUAUUUUAUGUAUUUGUCAGUCCACUUUGAUCCCACGGCAUCUUCAUGCAUCAGGAAGAAACGUUGAAAAAAGCAAAAACAAAGGCUUUUCCAGUUCAAAUGGGGACUCUUUAGAAAUUGGAAAGAAUAAGGAAGUACACAUUUGAUGAGACAGAUGAGUAUUUUAUGUUUUUAUUGAAAGUUGUCAUUCUGACAGUUACUUUUAAAGAGAAUGUUUCCAUAAAUGUGUCUUUCCCUGCCUUGAAACAUUAAAAUUGUCGUGUUUUAUUAGUCUUUGAGCGUGCCAUCACAUGUGGUGAUUCUUCCUUUUUGUCUGCUGCCUCGUUGUUUACUGCUUCAAAUACUUUAUUUUCUAAAUAUUUUUACUGUUUUAAUAGCUUUUCUUAUUGAUGUGUGUACGUGCAGACACACAUUAUUACCCUUUCACGUAGUCUUUUUUUAAUGUUUUUUUCUGCAAAGAAAUAAACAGUGAGUUGCUCUGAAA